AUGGAGGGAACUACAGGGGAUUGCACAUCCAUCCAUAUCAAGAGGAGUAGCGUGGCUCGCAGCUCGCAGCUGAGACCUCGAGCACAAACCAACAGUCAGAGAGACAAUUCGGCAUCAGGGGACUGCGAACGCCCUCUCGAGCGACUGAAGGGAGGUAGGUUGACGUGCAGCAAGAGGGUCUUUUGGCUGGCUCAGCUCAAUGGUGAACUGCUGGUCCAAACUUUCUUGACCCUCAGUCCACGAGAGGCAUCCCGCGCCUCGCAGGUGUGUCGAUCAUGGCAGCAGACUGUCAGAAUGAGUUGUCGGCUGACGUCGCGUUUGGAACUCGGGCAAUACGAUUGCCCCUGGAGGAGGAAGAACCUGGGUAGUCUUUUCAAGAGGUAUUGCUCACUUGAAGAGCUUCACUUCUGCACCGAAUUUCUCUUGCCCCUCGAAGCUGUGCAGGCGAUCUCGAAGGCUUUUUCUCAGAGCCUUAGAUCCUUCACUGGAUUCCUCAUCUCGAAUUGUGUGGAGGGAAAGCAAGUGGCGAUAAGUGAGCUUGCUAAGAUCUCAACGCUCGAGUCUCUCACCCUGGAGGGUACACUGAUAUCGGGGCACAGUCUCGUCGAACUGGCAGACAAUUGCCCAAACCUGAGGAGCGUCUGCUGCCACGAGAUACUAGCAACACACUCUCAACUCGCCUACUUAUGGGAUCGUUGCCCAAACUUGUCGUCUCUGAGUGGAGUGAAUUUGUCUGUUCACAACGAACUCGACGGAGUAGCCAGGGAGCCUGCUAGUCUGAUUCUUUCCCAGCUUUCCAGUUUGAAUUCGUUGGGACUUAAUCUUUUCACAGAAUAUGAUCCACAGAUUCUGGACUGCAUCUCCAAACUGUCCUUUUCCAACUUGACGUCAUUGAGGCUGCGCGCCUGCACCUUUCCUACUGAAGGAGUCUUGAAUCUCUUCACACACUGCACCAGAUUGGAAUCUCUAAGUCUUGUCGCAUCCGAAAUUCCUGGUUGUGCAGAUGAAGUGUUUCGGAAUUUAAGCUCGAGUCAUUUGCCUUGUUUAAAGAGCUUGGAUCUAGACGAGGACCAAAUAUCAGAUCGUGGCUUGGCAGCCCUUGCUCGUCACCCAGUAGCCAUGCAUUUGACCGCCCUGGAAUGUCUCGACUUGAAAAACGCUUCAAGAAGCACGUUCUUUGCGUUGAUGGGUUCACUUUCCAGCUUGAGCAGGCUGAGGGUCGGAGUAGCAAGGAACACUCCGUGGUUGCAAGGACCCAGCAAGGAUUGCCUGAUGCUGCCCAAUGGCAGCUGUGGCGAAUUCCUGGACGUCUCUAAACGGACUGCGUUUGACUCAGUUGACAACCUGGCUGUUUGCUGGUGCGACGACUUUGGGCUGACUGAGGUCGAAGAGAUUCAACCUCGAUGUAAGUACGUGCGUAUAGGACAACUCGGCGAGUGGCCCAACCUGUCGCACUUGGAGUUGUGUGACUGGCCAGCCCUGUCGUCCAUGGACGCGGCUAUCUUUGCCUCAAGAUCUCGGAAGAUCAAGCGUUUCACGCUGUCGCUGCCACACGAGCUAUCAAGUAACAGAGCUGUUUUUUUUGUGGCUGCAUCACUGACCAACCGGUUUGACAGGUGA